GGGGCUUUUUAGUGCAAACUUCUUCUGCCCCGCUGCACAAAGACCAGUGUUCAGUUGCAGUCUCCUCCACGCUGUGAGUGCGCAGCACCUUCACAGAUCUGUCCCACUCGGAUCUUAAAAUCCCACUGUGCAUGAACCUGCAAACCUCUGCUGCUGCUGCUUCUUCCUCGCCUCAGUUUUCCCACUGUGGCUGUUUUCCAGCUGAUAGUCCGACCCGCGGGAAAGCGUCGGGACCAUUGAAGAGAGAAGAAGUUGCGGGAGUGGUCGGGAAACUUUUGCCAUCAUGAGCACGCGAGGGGUCGACCUUGAUACCUACAGUUUGUCGCUGCUCACGGCCAAAGAGGACAUAAUCAACCCUCGGUCUUCCACCAACUGGUAACUUAAAAUGCAUUUAAACAGAAUUGCAUCUCUUUUCCAGAUUUGUAUUGAAUGAUUUGCUCACAAUCCUUCGUCUUUAUAAGAUUAAAUCAGAAGAAAUCUGCAAAACCAGCACUGGAAAACUUUCUCUUUUACGGUCUUUAAUGAGUCGUAGCAGUUUACGCACAACCAAGUGGGCUGUUGCGUAAGGCUUGAUUUUAUUAAUCCACUGAGGCAAUCUAAGGUGCCAACAGUCGGACAGCACGUAGCCUCAGUUGUACUAUAUUAACGUCUAGCAGGAGACCAGCUUAUGCACCCUGACUGCUUUCAUAGCACUUUGAAUGUGUGUAACUACGAUUAGCCGUCCAUUACGCACGCCAAACGGCUGGUGUGGUUCAGAGCGCAGCACCUGGCCGGCGGCCUCGCUCGCCCCUGCGUUGCAUGACUCUUCUUUUCUCCCUCAGGAGCAGCAGUGAGGCUUCAUUCUCUCUUUGCUGCAGGAUCACGUUUCUGCUGAUGAGCUGAUCUUUGACUGGGGUUGUCAGUCAGGAAAGAGGCUUUGAAAUAUGAAAGAAAGCUUGCACGCAUGAGACCUCAUCGACAUAACCAAUCAUUAACAGUGAUUAAAACGUCAAGCAAUAGCUGGGAUAUGUUGUAAUAGUGCAGAGUGAUCCGUGCUCAGAUACACCACUAUCCUGAGGGCGAUGCAAGAAUAAGCAAACUGACAAAAUGAAGCUUCGGUUUUGGAUCCAGUCUUGUAAAAAUAACACCAAAUGUUGACACAAUUUUGUGUUUGACUCUGCUCUGGCAUGUUUUGAGACCAUAUCAUGCUGUAACCUGACCACCUGAUACCUGCCUCGUUCUGUUUUCCUGCCUAAGGGUCUGUAACUAUGGCAACCCAUCCAUCUUUCCCAAACAACAACAAUCUCAACUUCUCCUUUCUUUCAGAGAGUGUGUGGUAUUGUCAUCUCCACCUGCAGACAUGUUGUCACUGACUAUACUCAGCUAGUCAAGGAGAAUUAGAUAUACUCCACCAUGAUGCUGCUUUUUCCACAUCUACACUCACUUUGAUGAAGUUCUACCUUGAGGAAGUAGGCCAGGGCCUGCACAUGUCCUCUCAUGUGGAAGUGGAGGACUGAUUCUGUCAUCUCUGUUUCAGUCUUCCUCUUACUAGAACUUCCAUGAGAACUUCUACCGUGAGUAAAUGAGAUGUGGCACUCUAAGGGUUAACUUUGACAAACCUAAAUCUGACAUCUUCAUGAAUUGAAUGGAAAGAAAUCCCCCAUCCAAGGCAGGGCAUUCCCAGUUUCCACUCUUUCUCGCAUUUGGGAAAUCUCAAUGUUUCCAUGUUCGGUAUUAUUACAGAGUUUUUGUCCCCUAGCAACACCUCCACAUUGAUACACCAUCUUCUCAGAAUACGUGCACGUGUUUGGUUGUGCUUGUAAGAGAAUAUAGAAUAAAGAAGACAGAAAAAGGGAGGCAGAAAUCCCCCAAUGUUCUCUGAACCCACUUAAGAGGCUAAAUAACUCUGCUGCGACUGAAUAGAGAGGUGGGAGGGGGACGGGAUGAUGUCAUGAUUCCCUCUGUCAAACCACAGACUAGCCAGCUCGUGUGUGUGUGUGUGUGUCUGUAUGCGUUGAAGAGGUUUAUGAGCGUGCAUGCUAGUUUGCAUGUGAGUGUUUGUUUCAGGGUGUGCAUAUGAAUCCUGCAGACUAUUAAAGUAAGUCAGAGGCGUUGAGAAGUUUGCACGGAGAGAAGGGGUAGGAGGCUGGUUUCUGCAGAGCAAUCCUGCCCCCACUGUGUGGCCUUGAGGUCCCUGCGUGUAUUAUCUAAUGACCUUGUGUGUCUUGAAUGGGAAACAGACCCUUUUGUGGCUGAGACUGUGAAGAAAAGAGGAGCACUUUCAAUGCAUCUUUCGUUCAGACCUCUCGGUUCAACGUUGCUGCCUUGGAGGUCUCCCCUUGGUCUCCAAGACCACUAAGGACCACAAAGUGUCUUACUCGUGAGCUUGAAAACACAGAGCCCUGCAUGUGUUUUGUGUUUGUGUGUGCUUGUGGAGACAGGAAAGAAGACCAACUGUAAAAAUGCAUGUUCCCAAGGACAUUAUCUAAUCCUCCAAACAGGAAAUUCUUCCAAUUCCUCGCAGCAGACACCCUAUUUUACGUCCACUCUACCUCAAAAUAAUUGAUUGAAGUAGACUCUCCAUGUAAGGUCACUUCUGUAAUCCUGAAUGUUUUUCUGUUUCAGUUUUUGCUACCAAAAAUUCUCCUAUUUUGUCGUUUUCUACCGCUUCAUAAAACACCUCUUGGAGUGCCUCAUUUUACAAAUUUUACACCUCUCAAAUCAGCCAAUAACAAAGUGUAAAUAAAAGCAAUUUUCCAAAGAUACAUGCGUCACCAGGGGUGUCACUUUUGCCAAUAAUCCAGUAAUUUCCAGAUCCAGUUUGCAGGAUUGCUUCAGCUUUCUUAAGCAUGAUAUCAGAUGGGAAUGCUUAUUGAGCUGUGGAGCAGUUUGAACUCUUUUUUUAUCAGAUUGGGGCGUAGGCUGAAUCCAGACAUCUGUGAGCCCCGGUGACUUUUUUUAAGCACACUUUCAUGAAGACAUCUAGGUUCCAGCUCACACUCUGAUACUGUGUGCUGUGCUGGUUGUAAGUGUUUCACCAUGUUCUCUCGCAGGGAUUAGUGCGGGCAAUGACGCAUAAAAUAAAUACCUGAUUCAUUGUAGUAACAGUGAUUCAGUUUUCAGAGUAUUAAGAGACCAGUUAAACUUGUCUCCAUUCAUGAUGUGUCAAUAGUCCAGUUUUAGAAGAGGUUCACAUGCUUUAUAUGCUUAUAUAAAUUAACCAAACACUAAAGCCAUCUGUCUUAAAGGAAAGGAAGUUGCCUAGGAAGAGAUUGGUGUGGUGUUUUAGACGGCUAAAGGAGACAUGCAAAGUUCAUGAAUAUGUAUAAGGAUGUUUUUUUUUGCUCUGACCCAUAACCAGGUCAGAGUAGUUCCUUAUUUAUGUAUGAGUGUCAGAUUGUCCAGCAUCGAAAAGAAGAACUUACCUCAAGAACAAACUUUAAAAAGUUCUCUGUUUUUUUAUUUUUAGCAGAGCUACAGCUGCAACCUAAUUUGGCACAAAAUAAGAAAGCCACACAUUUGCAUAUGCUAUGUUUAUCUUUUAGAAUCAUCUUUUCAAAGACACGUCUUGUUGCAUUAUUGCAGCUUUCAAAAACCCUCAGUAGUGUUUCUUGUACAAACUGUAGGUUCACCUCUUAUAUUAAGAAAUUCUCUGAACACAAAUCACUUUUAACUUUAAAUUCUCUUUUUUUCUGACUCUGACACUCGGUGUGAAACUUCAUGCAUCAAUCUUUCUCAUUUUCACAUAGAGACAACACACUAUCCUCCUCCUAAAGGUCUCUCCUAUUGGUGAUAAAUGCAGCAGCCUGUAUUCCAGCACCGGCCCCGGGUGUUUGUGUUGCUGCUACUUGCCAGAAUUUCCAUAGGCUCAUGCAUGAUUGACUGUGACCUGACGAGCUCCUGUGUCUUAAGUUUCACUGCAUGGACAACACCUGUGGGUGCGGGGAGAGGAUGUUGAAUUGUACAGCUGCUGUUGUGCAUGAAUACCCAAACUGAAAAGCUCCUGCUUACAGCUCCUGACUGCAAAGAAAGAUUACAAGUGGAAGUGUGCGAGUCAGUUAUCUCUGCAAAGAUAAAUAACCUUAUAAUCGUGCUUUAAUUGAGAAGUUACUGCCUGAACUUCCUAGCAGAGGUUCUGCUUUUUGCUCGGUUAAUAUAAGAUCGGAUAAGAAAAGAUUGAGCAGCAUAUUAACACCACUUGUCAAUGCAUCAGCUUGUAUUUAAUCCUAAUCCAGUUUAGUUGAGGUUGGCAUUGCUGUCUGUGUUGAAACAAAUCCCCACGAUCAACUGACUGUGGAGGGAAACAGUCUGGUUUGUUUCCUCUGAAUAAUCAGGAUAAGAGUUCAAAGCUUGUACACAGAAUUGUUAUCAGGCUGCAUGAAAACAGGACGUGUUUCAUGAAUAAAUCAAUAACACUAUAUUGUCAAUGGUUAGUCACAGGAUGGUUACACUGGACCAAUGCCCAGUCCACUCUCUGUGUGUCGGUCUGUGGACCUGCCUUUGUCUCUAUCUCUGCUUCCUAAACCUCAGAUAUGAAGUAGAUCCCCGAGAGACCCCACUUUUUAUGUAUUUGAGUUAACAAAAACAACACAUGUUUGUAAAAGUUUACCUGCUGCUCUGUGCGUCUUUGGUUGGAGUGGUUCAUAGGGAAGCUGUAUGCAUUAAAGGGAUAUUCUGGUGUAAAAUUAAUUUAGGGUAAAACACACCGGAACACCGAGCUAGACACCCCCUCGAGAGAUGAAUGUUGCCGACCGCUUUCUUCUGUAGUGAUACCAACUUUAGUAAUGAUGGCACGAUAGCAAUACACAGUGGUCUGAGGAGCCAUAAACAAACCUCAACCAAAAAGCCACUCUAUAGCCUCAAAUAACUCACCUACUCUCUUCUAGCAGUCGCUUGUUUGUAGCGAAACCUCAGGCCAGUCCAUUACGGACUGCUGCGGGGUGACGCAGCUCAAGGAAGAACAUUGAUGAUCAUUUCUUUAUCAUUUCCUUCAAGUAAUAAUCAUAAUAAUAAUUAUGCACUUCAGCCUUAGCGUCUUGGUCUGAUUGCAUUUCCAUGAAGAAAUGAUCAGAAAUGUUCUUCCUUUAGCUGUGUCACCCCGCGGCUGUCCAUAAAUGUAGCUGCUGCUGCAGCAUGACAGACUUACCCUGGUUGAGCAAAAGGUUUCAAUAGUUCCUAUUUUAUACAAAGUUUUGGCACAGGAUUUAGCCAGGUUGUGAAAUUUUCCAGAGAAUACACUCAGUUACUUGUGUAAGCAUGUCUGUGACUGUGUGGCAUGGAGGAAGAUGAUGACAUUGAUGGCUGAGAUUUGGCUCUGUAUUUGGAUGAAUUUAGAAACGAUUCAAACAGCCGUCACUAAAUAACUGCUUACUCUCCAGCUAAACAUUGUUUAGAUUCAUCUGGAGCUUCUCAGAUGAAGCUCCACAGUAAUAGCAGGUAUCAGGCAUGAUGAGACAUGACUGCAGGGUGUUAUAAUGUAUGUGUGUAAUGUUUAUGUGUGUCUCUGUAUAUUUGGGUUCCUUAGGAUGUAGACUGCUGGGCGUGUGUGAUCACAGAUAGACACAUCAACUGGUGGCACUGCAGUAGUUUUGCUUAUUUUUACACCUGACCUUUCUAUCAAAAUCUUCCUUUUGUUCAUAUGAGUGCCUCACAGCACUUGACCUCGGUCCAGAUGCCUCCUGCACACUGUUUCCACUCAAAAGUCUUUAUGCCCACAGCCUUGAACACAACAAAAACAUUGUUUUCCUUUGCAGUUCAAGAUCCAGACUGGGACACUGGGCUGGAACAUAUUGUCUGUAUCUUUGAGGAAGUAUGUGGAGAUUUUUUUUCACAUAAAUGCAAAGAAAAAGUGAAGUUGGAUUGAUGUGAACUGUUUGUUUAAUGUAACUAAUGGGCCGUGAGUGUUGCAGUCAGAGUGGGAUUUCAUGGGUGUGUCAGAUAGCUGUUGAAGAACAUCUGUAUUUAAGUGCUUCUGCAAACAUUGGCAAAAGGGUGAACACAGAGCGUGGUGUGCGUGUCUUUUUUGUCAGAGCGUGCCUGAAGUCUAGCUGAGGCACUUCUAGGGGAUGUCUGAGUAACAAUAUGAAAUUGAGGGAAUAAAUACAUCUGCUGGUGUUUACUUGUGUUUUCUUCAAAUCCAGACUCUGGUUCAGCAAAUAUGAGGACAAGGAGUAUGUUCACUCUUUUUUAUUUUCUCAAGUGUUUCAUUUGGAGAUGGUUAGACACCAUACUUUGAGGUUGCUUUGUCUUGGUCUAAAUAAGAUCUGCGACAGCUGUUACAUGUGGCAAGAAUCUUCUACAUGCAUAAAUGCAUAUAAAUGAUUUUUAAAACUGUAUCUACUUCAUUUAUCAUAUAAGCAUGCACUCUUUGUUUACGGCGUUAAGUGUGGUCAGCUUGCUAGCUUUAGCUCAUGUAAACCUUUGCCAACACACAAUGAACGCGCAGUCUGUGUUAGGGCAGGUAAAUAUGUAUAGAUGUCCUGAUUAGUCCUCCAAUUCACAAUCAUUAUAUUUUCAGGAAUAAAUAAUCAGAUUUUUUUCUGGCCUGACACUCUGCACCUUGUGUUUUAUAUCUUUUAAAGUUACUGUGAAGAACUUUCAGUCUCUGGUGACUUUGGCGCCCCCUGUGGACAAAAUGGUAACUUCUAUUAUUGAUGAUUUUGUGUGAAAGUGUUUCUAACUGACAAAAAAAAAAAUCCUUUUAUUGUCUUUUAAAAAUGAAAUGUAGGACCCACCAUGAAUAUUUUGCUUCAGAUUAAGUAACUGAAGCUAUUUUUUUAAAGCGUACAUACUCCCUCACGGCACUUUUAGUCAUUAAAAAAACAAUAUUGUCAUCUUUGGUCUCAUUAGCUUUUAGAUAAAGAAAGGGUUAAUCACUUCAUGUAUUAAUUGGAGCCAAGAUAAAUAAAAAUUAAAAACGAAGAAUAUAAUGAAAAAUAUUUUUCUUCCCUGUCUUAAACUGCAAACCUCAACCAGAAUGACUGUAAUUGCCAAUGUAGAAAAUAUUUAAAAAGUAAGGAUAUGUUCAGUGGUCUGUCUCUGUUUCGGUAGCGUCUUUUAAGCUGAAUCUCUCCUUUGCCUAGGUUUUUGCAUCCUUUGGAAGCAUAAACUUUUAUUUUUUGUCAUGUCUGCCUGUUUAGAUUCAAUUUCUACUACCUGUUAACCUGAACCGUAUAAAAAAUAGGGCUGACAUCAGCAUUAGUGUAUCGCUAGCUCAGUCUUGGGACAUGACAUCCACUACAGCCAAUGUAUCUUUACUUCAGAUUAAAAAUGUCAGAAAUAAUUAUGAAAUUAUACAGUUUCAUAACAAAGCAGAAUCUCAAUAACGAAUCUGUUUGUAUUCUUCCAUUCAGUCUGUUUAGCCAAGUCGGGCGUGCCCAGUCUUUUUGUACCAAAAACCAGUUUUACAGUCACCACUCUGCUGGGAAUCUACCAGUGUACUUUCUGUAUUUCAAACAAACACUUUUGCACACACAGACUUACACACAGUUAUCAGUCUGCAUUUUGGACCAAAACCAUAACUACUGGCCUACUAACAGACAAUUGUUAUUUGACAUUUAAGUUUGUCUGUGUGAACAUUUUUCUAUAGUGUGAAAACAUCAGAACACGUUUAUUUCUCCGCUUUGCACAGACUUAUCAGUGUUUUUCCUGAUGGUCCAGUUUGCUUUUGUAUAUCAUAUCGAAGUAUCCAUACUGAUUUCAGCCUGUUUCACAGUAAGUUAGAAACUGUAGGUAUCCAGAGCCUCAGUGAAUGUCACUAAAAGAGUAACCGAGCACACACUGAAGAGUCUUGUCAUGUUUUGUGUUGCCUGGGCUCGCCUUUAUGUGACCAUGCCAAAUACAACAACAGUGAUGUCUGACAGGCACUAAUCCUCUACCAGAUCAAAGAGACUUUGUUGUUUCUGUGCUUUAAAUUACACUCUCAAGAUAUUGAAUCAACACUUACUGUCACUUACAUGCACAUUUCAAACAAGUGUGUAACAUUCAAACACAUAUACACCCACACACAGAAGCAAACUGGGUCAUUUUAAUGAAGGGUGUGAGAGAACACACCCCUCAUUCCCAGAGUCAUCCUGAUUGUGAGGUAUCAUCAGCUGUGUUUGCAUCCUCGUCACCAUGGUUACAAAGGGGCUUCACGGUCAUAAACAUGACAGGCUGGGGGGUUAACUAUUAGCAUCUUACAGGGCCUUGACUGGGAACUCCACUUUUCCUUUCUCUGUCUUGUUUGUUCACUGGCUGCCGCCUGGAUUGGGGCUGUGGGUGGGUGAGGCAAGUCUGGGGGCUCCGUUGUCUUGACUACAUUGGUGGGAAAGCUAGGUUGUUUGUCGAGGGAGGCUGAAUGAAGCGGGGGAGAUGAGUGGAGAGGGGCUCGGGGAGGCUGGGAAAGGGGUACGAGUGAAUGAGCAGAGGCAUUAGGUAAGAAAUGUGGAGGAAUGAUGAGAGGAGAAAGCAGAAAAAGAGCGAGGGGACAGAAAAGAUUUGCAGUAAUGAAGAGGGGGUGAGCAGGGUGGUCUUGACAAGAGGUUGUUAAAAAAGUGGAAUUAGAGAGGAGAUGAAGCUGUGGGAGUGACAGAGCAAAGAAGAAGGGAGGAUGAGAAGAGGACAGGUGGAGGAAGAUGAAGAGGAGUGAGGGGAAGAUCAAAGCGUGAAAAGGAGGCAGCGAAAUGAGGUCUAAGUGGACAUGUGAUACUUGAGAGUCUGCUUUGUUUAACUGAAGGAAACGGAUGAAGAUAAGAUGCCAUCAAGUUUUAAUGGUCCCAUUAUAACUUUGAUAUAGAGUGUGUGUGUGUCUGUGAGGAACAGUGUGGGACUGCAUUCACAGGAAAUGCCAGAGAAAUCCCUGUGGACCAUAAUUUUGGAGGGUCUACAGUAUGUCUCCUCUCCUCUCCCCUCUCCUUCUCCUCUUGCUUCCUUCCUCUCCUUAGGUGUAAGGAAAUAAAUUUUCUUCCUAUAGGUCUACGUCUUUACAAGAAUCAUAACAAUUUACCCCUUAAGGAGCCUUUCUGUGAGACACUUGCCCCCAAUAACCACAUACUCCUUUGCCCCCUUGGAAACCUCCCAUGCACUCAGGCAGUUCUCCUUUGUGAGCUAUUGUUAAAAGUGCCCCUCUUAGCCUGCCCAUUUAUACCUACCCACUCCCCCUGCUGCUUUUCAUCUUUUCCCCCAGUGUGAGCCUCAUCUUUGAGUGUCUUCUCACCAUCCUGAAUAUAUAUAUCACUCCCUCUCUCUCACACUGUCUCGUCGCUCUCAAACACCCACCUGGCAUGACACUGAACAUUGUGUACCUAUCUUUAACCAAACCCAGAUCACUGUCCAACCCCAGGCAUUACUUUCUCUUCUAAAAGGUCAGAUUUAUGCAAGACCAGAUAUGUUUGAGUCAUAAUCGGCCUGUUGUAGUGUUUAAAAAGUGAGUAUUUCCAUCAUAAUAACAGUCAAUUACUCACUUUGAUUAUUUGCAGUGAUAAACGUGAAUCCUGCGAUUUUCCUUCUAUGAUCAAUAAGAUAACCUCUUGUCUCCUCAUAUCACUGCUUUAAAAACUAUGUAUGACUAGUUGCUGCCAAUGUCAUUCUGCACUGAUUUUAUUGUUAAUACUUCACAAUCUAGAAGUCUUGUCAAUACAAUUCACCUGCUGGGAUGAAGAAAUAUUAAGUGAAAGCAACUUUUUUACCCUAACCCUAUUAUUUAGUGGGGGUAAUCAGAUCUGAAAAUAUAAGUUAAAGCUCCUGUAAGGAAUUUUUUUAAAGCAUAUUUAAAACAGACUGUAAUUCAAAUUGACGGUUUGUUAUGAUACACAAUUGCAAAAAAAAGAGUAUUAGUGACAAGAUUUAAGCAUAGACUCUAUAUACUAUGGACAACUUGGUUCCACCUUCCGCCAGUAUACGGUUUUGAAGCCAAAAAUCUCUUGGUAAUUCGGCGUUUUCUCUCCAUUUCCUGAAACCAACAUUGCACAGUAGGAUUGUACACACCCCAGCACUUGCGCAGUAGCAUUGUGGGCAUUCGGUGGGAGAGUCGCCGGCUGAAACAGCGUAUCCCCCGGUUGAGUUACGCAAUCUUGGUACGCCCAUAGGCUGUAAGUGGUGUCAAUCAUAGAAAAUAUGACUCCUCUCAUAACUUUUAAAAACAGUUAAAACAAGCCAGUCUUACAAUAACUACAUGUCAACAUUGCAAGCAGGGGGAGACAAAUGUGUGUUCUGUGUAAUAAACUUCUAAAGUUUGUCCACAGCUCGAUAAGCUUUGCUGGCGGAGGCAGGAUUUAUGACCUAUACUGCAGCCCGUCACCAGAGGGUGCUGUUCUCAUGGUGGCUUCACCCAGCGGGGAGGCAGACGCUGUCCAUUCUAGAUACAGUCUAUGGAUUUAAGAUUUUAAAAUGAUCAUUUUUCAUUUCUGAAACUGGUGUGAGGGGGUAGGUUUCAGCUGAGCAGUUAAAGAAAAGACCUUGUUUGACGUUUAGCACUUAAAAUUCUCACAGUGAGUAAGACAUUUGACUACCAAAACUCAAUAGAAGGCAUUUUUUUUUCUUUCUGGCAAAAGAUCCAACUUGAAGCAAGCAGAAGACACAAUUAACGAAGACCGCUGUGUCCACAAGGGGUGCCAAAAUUGAUAUAAGUAAAGGCUUCUCACAGGACCUUUAAGCAGAUUAAAUUCAUCAGUAAACACCCUCUUUAGAGAACAAGGCACAGUGAAAACAUAAAAAAACUGAUUUAAUAGGUAGAUAACAGACUGUAGGUAGGUGAGAUAGCUUUGAAAUAAUUGCACCAGCAUCCUUUCUUAUCAGAUCAUACACAUCCUAUCACACAACAGGUGAGGUCUAAGCUGUUUCCACAUGCCGCUACACAUCAUAUUACUUUGAGAAGAGAGAUUAAUAUUGAAGACUCUCUCCAAACCAGUGCGACCGAGUCUCUGAAGCUUUAAUCAGUUAAAAGUUAAAAAGAUUGUCUGACAUGUCAUAUCAGGGUUAUGAAUAUUGCUCUCAUGUUUUAGCUUGGGAGAAGAUCUACUGAAACCAUCUGACAACCAGACACACACACACACUCAUACACUUGCGUGCCCUUACAGUACAGAUCAUAUUACACAGAGAGAAAUGUGGUAGUCAGUUAAUUACCAUGUGUGCAUCUCUGUUUACACACUGACAGGCUAAUGUUAUCUGUGGAUUAACUCCGCGGUUGUAACAGGAGACUGAAUGUUGUCCGUGUGAUCUAGCACCACACACUUCCUCACACUUCAUCACCAUACAAACACAACAUUUACUUCUGUUCCACAUCCCGGUCGGAGCGUCAAUAAUGGCUUUUGUUUCUCUUUGUUGCACACUUGUUGUCGCGACGCUGCUGCAGCAUGUUGUUUUGAUUCUCUACCUCUCUUUGUCCAUCCCCCCACUCUUUUCCACCCGCCCCAGCACACGGAGGCUGUUUCCUCUCGCUGGUCGUUGGCAGAGAUUUAAUUACUUAUUUGUUUAGUUUGUCAAAUUCUAAACUUCUCUGGCGCUGUGUUUUGCUGAGAACAGAGAUUUUUCCUCCCUCCUUCCUCUCCUCCUCCUGUCAGCAUUCCUUCCAGUUUCUCCCUCCUCUCUCCCCCCACUGCCUGAUAUCAUAUGCUCUCUAUCUUUCCCCCAAAUUCUACAUAUAAAUUAGCUAUACUUUCUGACCCUUCUUAUAAUUUUGUCCUCCAUCGCCUCUGUCAUUUAAUCUCUUAUUUACUCUUUCCUCCAGGCCAAAUAGCUGCAGUGGUCUGUAAUAGUCUCCAGGGUAGUCUGAUGUGUCCUCCACCCAGUCAAAUCCUUUAGAUCACUCAGUGUUACUCAGAGGGAGGAUCUGAGCAGCGUUUCAUUUAGGUCAAAUGUGAGGCCAACUUUAACUUCACACUGAUUAGCCUCGUUGUUGAUUAAUGAGUCGUCAAACAUGAUUAAUUAUACAUUUGAGUAGUACCUCACCCUUUAUGCUAAAUAAAACCCCUACAGGACAGCGAUAAGAUGUGCCGCUCAAACAUGCAAGUGAAGGCAAAUCGUUUUAGAACUUACGUGUUAUUAGUUUUGCCUGGAAAAAGACACCUAAAACAAACAAACCGUUUGAACACAGUCAAAUUUUCAUGCCAACAUGUCUCGACACUCUGUCCUCUAACCGACAGAAGCUUUCUGAAGUAUUUGAAGCAUGCAAAGCAGGCAGUGAUUUUCAUAUUACUCUGUGAGCUCUGUAGUCAAUGAGCUCUGUGUGCUCGCUUUACUUUAUUGACAUUUUUCUGCGGAUACUUAUAAACUCCUUAAACUAUGUUGAAAGUCAAACUGAUGCCAGAGUAACAUAUAGGAAUGAUUUCUGUGGAAACAUUUAAGGCUCAGGCUUUGACAUGCUAUGAUCUGAGGGUAUGUUCUUCAAAGGGACGUCCAUUUGUUUUCUUUCAGCUUCCUUGAUUAAAAAGAGCUGAAAUAUUUUAUUAUGGGAGUUACGUUUGAUCUGAGCUCCGAGGAGCACGCUCUGGAGCUCUAUGAUAUCUUCUGAUGAUGAUUUAGGUUGGUAUUGCCGUCAUUUGAAGGUGGUGGGUGUUGCCAGCACAUAUCCAGAUAGACUCCUGGUGGUCAUUGUUUAUGAUCCGAUGAGCAACUUAUUUUCAUUUGUUCAUAAUUGGUGGAUUCUGAGACUGCAAUUUAGUCUGUUCAAUCUAAAAUCCUGUAAAAUCCUAGUCGACUGGUCGACUUACUGGUUGAUAGGUGCUGGGUCAACUUGAUUUUUCCCGCAUCAAUUUAACGCUGAUGGUUAAUUUCAUCAGGAGGAACAUACCAUGUGCUAAUGGGGGUGUUUUCAGAGCACUCCCGUUUCACAGGUAACAGUCUGUCUCAGAACUACCCGCUUUUUUUUCACCAUUUUGGAUUCACCCAACCCAUUGGAGACAGGAAGAUUCAGGAGCUUCCACAUUAAUCAACGUCCGGUGGGUGAUUUUUUUCUUUUUUUUUUUUUUGGAGGAUGGUAGGGGAAGGUCCCGCCCUCCUUUACCUCUGAUUGACUAGAGGUGCUGGGCUCCAAUUGGUUAUUCCUCAUGACUGUGAAACGUUACCGUCUGUCGGGUAAGGGUAAGGGUUAGGGUUAGGAGAUUCAGAAGUGUGAUAAUGUUCUGUCCACAUUUGGCUUGAGCGUGCGAUGACGUUUCCAUCUUUUUCUAGCCAAUCAUAGGCGAAGGAGGCGGGACUUAUCCCUACCAUCCUACAAAAUAAAAUAUCAUGUCCGGUGGUAUGCUGAAAAUUUAUAUUUUAGCCUUUUGUGUUUAAUUGCCUUCUUGUGCUGAUCUCAGUAUAUUUUCACCCCACCGAGGUGAAAUUAUACAAGCUCCGUCAAGCUGCGUCAUCCCCUGCCGCAGGAGGAUUUGUCGUCAGAGUCGGAUCCCCACCCCCUUCAGUUAAUUUUUGGUAGAAAACUUCAGUGUUUUAGUCAAUCAAAAAUUUCUUUGGUCGAUUACAACCCUAGUACAAUCCAUAUCUUUUGCUGUCUACACACACUGUUUACCUGCAUAUCUCCUCAAAUGUGAUUGGUCAAUGUUAGAGGAGGUGUGAUUUCUACAAGCAGCAGCCAAACAUGUAAUGAGGGAUUUUCUGUUAUUAAUUUCAAAGAGUUUUCCUUAUUUCACUGUUUUCACGAUCAAAGGGGGAAAUUCUUAAGAAAGUAUGUUGUUUCAUUUAUAAUCUUACUGCUGUAAUGAACUGAACCCACUUUAAGACUUCACUGAGUACAAGAGUGGCUGUAUCAAAAUGUGUGUGUGUGGGUGUGUAGAAGAGGAAAAUCCUCACAGUCCAACAAGCCUGUGUUAAUGGCAUUGAUUGGGGCUUGGCAUGGUUUAGUAAUUGGAUCAAGGUUUCUGUGCUAGGCACCAACAUCACAUCAUAACCCUAACCUAGAGUCUCUGCCAGGUUUAUGUAAGAUCUUUUCCCACAGCCAGCUUUACUCCUGGCACUGUAACAGGGGGGAGACCAGACACAGCAAUGUGGACUAGAGCUUGACAUUUUCUGUUUCUGUAAAUUUGUUUCACAUCUCCUGUUUAAAUGGGGAAGGAUUCAUUUAUAAACUGUAUACUGCUUGACAAAGUUCAGCCAACGUCGUAGUGGCGUACUCAAAACUUCCCUGGUGACUGUUUAUGCUCACCAAUGACUUUUUGAGCAAAACAUGACAAGAAAUGAAAACAAGUUUUCUCUUUUAACUUGCUAACAAAUUGUUUUGUUUUGUUAGCAUUGCUCGUCUUAUGUCAUGUAAAGUUUUCCUGAGUCUUUUGACCUGUUUCUAUCCCCUCCUGCUCAGCAGAGCUUAUUAAGGGGCCCCUGUAGCACUCUUGGGAUUACAGGUUGCAGCUCACUCUCUGCAGGGCACCUGACUGAAUUCUGCAACAAUACAAACAGCCACAAGUGUGUGGACCCAGACUAUCUCCUAUUAGUACUCUUUUCCAGCCUCUUUAAAUCCUUCCACACUUAUUUUCCUGCUGUUCUCGAGAGAUUGUCCUUCCCUUUCUCCACCCCCUCUUCUUCCUGAUUCUGUCUCUGUUUGGUUUUCUUGGCUGACUUUGUCUGAGUAACACGGGUUAUUUUGGGAUAUUUGGUGAGUACAGCAACAGUCUGCAACAUUUUGACACAUGUGCUUCAUCACUUAAAGAAGACGAGAGAUUGAAAAUAAAGUUUAACAUUCAGGGGGAUUGAUCAGUAGUAGGGCUGGGCGAUAAACCGAAAAUUUACAGCAAUAACCAACAUAUUCAACAUAUUGGGUGUCGAAAAAAUAAAUAAAUAAAAGUUGGUUUUUGAUGUGUGUAGGUAGGCUAUAGUGUCAUGUCCUACGUCGGAGACAUGACUCCACCCCAUCCAGUCCAUAACAAAGAGGAAGACAGGUGAGGAGAUGGAGGACGGUUCAAAAGUUGUAGCGGUUGGAGCAGUGGCUGUUAUUGUGGGAGGGGGUGAGCAGCUUGUGGAGUAGUUAGCGAUUGUUUAUCGUUAUCUGGAAGACUCCAAAAACAUGCAACUGGACUGUAGAGUUGAGAAGACGUUUCGCCUCUUAUCCAAGAAGCUUCUUCCGUUCCAAAAUUGGAAAUGUCUUCUCAUCUUUACACAGUCAAGUUGCCUGUUUUUGGAGUCCUCAAGAUAACCAUGACCUGGAUGAAUGAGAAUCCGUUUAUCGUUAUCGAGUUGAACUGCUCGAUGUAUCGUGAUAUUGACUUGAGGCCAUACCGCCCGACCCAAAUCAGUAGUCUUCAUGGUUUUCUCGUGGAGAUUAUUUUUACAUCUGACUGGAUCUCCACAUUCAAGAUAUCGUGAUUCGUCUGCGUAUUACCAUGACACAAACUUCGAUCAUGAUGUUUGACCAGACGCAUCACUUAUGCACACACUGAACCAAUCUGUAGGCCAGACUAAAGUUGUCUCAGUCUUCGUCCUGUCCUAUCCUUCUCUCUCCUCUUUCUUUGGUUCUCCAUCACUCCGAUUCCAUCACUUCCUCUUACUCACAUUUCUCAACCUCUACCCAUAAACCUCCACAUGUUUCUGCAGUCCAGACAGAUGGAGGAAUGUGUGUGCUGCUGGGGUCGCUGCAUGGACUCUACAUGAGUAACAUGCCAGACUUAAAGGGGUGGGGGGGGCAACUUUUUCAGAAGUGGAGUCUGGACUUUUUUUUGCCCAUGUUUGGGGAGAGGAAAUGAGCCCUGUGUGCUGUGGGGAUGUCUCUGAGUUCCCCCCUCUUGCUCUCAACACAGAUGGAGAGGUAGACAGGCUAAAAAUAGCACUGAGAGCCCAGGUCAGCUUUGAGCUGGGAGUAAGAAGUUGGGGGUCUGAGGAGGGGGAGGGUAGAAAAACAUAUGAUGUAAAAUGGAAUGAACAGAAAAAAGAAGCUGGUGGGGAGAUGAAAUGAAAAUCGGAAAGACCAUGAAAUAUGCAUUUAAAAGACUGCGAUUUUAAUAUCGCAAACCUUGACAAAUGUCUUACAUGAGAGUCGGCGGGACCACUGGGGAUAUUUGUGCAAUAUGUGAAAGGGGAAAAAGAGAAGAGAAAAAAAGCAGCCCGAGAAUGAUCUGAUGGAGAGCUUAAUCUGGGCAGUGAAUUCUGGCAGGAGCUCCCAACCUCUCAUCCAUUUUCUCAUAUCUUUCCCUUCAUGCGCCGUUUAUCAUAUCUCCACCGCGUACAUAACCACAAAUCUCUCAUAUCUCCCCCGCUGGCAAAGAUGAAAUGAAUAAACGACCUAUGAGCCCUCGAGAUCCUCCCGUCAGAGAGACACAGAGAGAAGGGAAGUGUGGAGACGAGGGAGAAAAGAUGAGGCUGAGAUAUUGCUUUAGUUUGCGAAAGAGGGAUGGCUCACUACAAGAUUUAAAGUACAAGGAGGAGAAAUAUGUGUUGUAAAAGAUGGAGGUCAGAAUAAUGAAUUUGGGGUGGUAAUGAUGGUAAGAUAUCAACAGAAUAUAUUGAGAGCGUAAAGACGGUGAUGUGAACAAAGAAUAUGAGAAAUGGUUAUUGGUUCAGGGGCCAAAACGCGUCCUUAUUUGUUCUUUUUUAUUGUGCAAUAUGUACAACUGCGAAGGAAUGCUUUCUCCUUAGAGUGCCGAUGUGAAAUUACAAGAAAACAAGGGCUGGAAAUCUUCUUAGAUGUGUGAAUUGUGGACCUCGUGUUCAAAUAUUUCCUGCGUUAAUGCAACACUGAAGUUGCGGUGUGGUUAAAAGUCUGCAUGAGUGAAAACAAGACCCGCUCCUGCUCCUACUCCGGCACUGCAAAGCAUCUGCUCCUGUUAUGUUCGUCUCCAAAUGGCAGAGCAUGUAAUGUUUGGAGGUAUUACUCUGGUUGUCCAAAAUAAGCGUGUCUUAUUGUUUCUGGCUCAAGUCUCGGUAAACUCUGUGUGUGUGUUUGUGUCGGUGUGAACACUAUGCGCUGAAUGAAUUGUGGUUUAUUUGAUUUUAUCAGUAAAAGUCGUUUCUUUUCAUACCCCUCUCUCCCCUCAAUGAUGGCCUCUUUCCCUUCAUUUAUAAUGCCUCUCCUCUUUUCUUCUUUCUCUUCUCCACCCUCUGUUCCUCCCUCUCUCAGAGCUGAGGUCAUAGCUGGCUGGGUUUGGAGGUGGGAUAGCGUACAGACAUAAGAGACUCUGUUUUUCUCAUCAGCCAGUUUGGCUCUUAAGAAGCCUACAUGUGUGAAGGAAUGAAGGUUCAUCUUCUCUCUUAGUUAGCAGAGAUGGUUUUACUACGAAAGCUGCUGCUACAAAUGCAUCUCUGUGAUAAAGAUAAUCAAGCGCAUGGAAAAAGAAGAAUAAAAGCAACAAAUCUGCCUUUUUUUAGCAGCAUGAAAUCAAUAAAUGAUCUUCAAAUCAGUAUUUUUCAUUAGAUUGUUUAGCUUUUUUUAUCGUCAGGAUAAAUCAGUGUUAGUUUUCUGCUUCUACACUUUCUUCUCCUUCUUGUGUAGCUGUCCUGCUCACCCUGUCGAGAUUUUAAUCUGCACAACCAUGUGUGAUCUUUACAUUACCUCUUUUUAAAAAGUUUGUUUGCACAGUCAGUCUUAUUCUUUAUGGUCAAAACUUCUCUAACGUGUGAUAUAGUGGUAUCACUAUAACACAGUACAGCUAUAACUUGGUCAGAAGGAUGGUGGUUCGUUUCAACCACCUAUUCACUAUAUAUUCCCCCUUACACACUUGAUAAAGAAUUGAUUUGACUGGUUUUUAUUGGCUUUUAUUGUAAGAUCAACAAAGAUUAAUUAUCCAAAUGCUUUGGCAUGCUGAAGUUUACUAAAGGGAUCAACUCUUUUGGCUCAUAGAUAUACUCAAGUUCUAGAUCUUGAUUUGUUUGGAGGACUCUGCAUUCAUAGAGUCUCCGCCUUGUUAGAAUCUGUGGCAGAAGUUUGGAUCCGAUGAAAUAAAUGUCGAAAGAUCAGAUUUUUCAAACUCCACGUUAGGUGAAAGCUCAGCAGAGGAACAAAGGCUCUCUCUCAUCGCAGAGUUUCCUCAUGUGCCAGCCUGUUCUUCGUGGGCUGAGAAUUUGCACAUGCAAUCAGGAGUCCUUCAGAGGCUGGGUGACCUUUGACUUUGACUUGCUUGCGAAUACUGACCUUAGGGGAUGUCAUGAGGAUCAGGGAUCACUAAAAGUGGACUGGUGUAUUAGUUCUGGAUGCUGGUGAGGGUAAUUGAGGAGUAGAGUCUUUUGUUUCUGUCCCAAGACUAAUCCAUGCAAAGACGUGUGGACUCAAGGGUAGAAAACCCCUCAGGAUUUUACUGAUAGUCUGGUAAUCUGGUUUAAAAGUUUUCUUUUCUUGGUGACAAAAUAGAUAAAUCACUUGUCAUAGAAGAAUCUAAGGAAAUAAGAGAACAGCACUAGCUUUGCUUCUUACAUGUGGCUUGCUCAAUAGGGCAUACAAUAUAGUUAUUGUGUCCCUAACUUACGCACACUCACACACCCUGAUUGACUUUUGUAGCUCUUUGUUCCUCAGACAGAGACGUGUUGUUUCAGGGUGAAAUAACAGAGUGAUUCAGAGAUCCUAACUGUGUAAGCUGGUCUUUUUUUGUGUGUAUGUGUGUGCCAAACUUGUUGUUUUUAACAUUGCUUUUGUAUGAAAGGUCAAACCUUUAACCCUUUGACUUUCUCCCUCUCUCUCUCUCGGUCCCGACACACACUCCCUCCUCCUUUCACGUAUCCACACAGACCGUUCACCUUUGGCCCAUUGUAAUAGCUGCGCAUAGCCUUACACUCCUGCUAGCCAGCUCCAGAUGUUAUUGACACACCCCUCAGGAGACACACGGUCAGACACGCACUCAUCAUGAACGUACGCAGACACACACAUGCUUCUACAAAUCUUCUCUCUGUAGGUAGCCUCGCACGCGCAUGAAUUCAAACACAAACAUGAAUCAGGAUUAUGGCAGAGGCAUGUCAUGUCCAUUAGCAUCCGUCAUGUUCCACAUGUUACAUGCUGUGUGAUGAGCAUGUGUGUUUUGCAGGUUUUGCUUCAAAGGAAACGUGUGAAAUUUUUCUCACUUUAAUCUGCGUGGCUAAAUUUAAACAAACUCUGCACUUGGUUUGGAUAGCAGCAGCGGAGUUGUAUCUCAGCGAUCUCUUGGAAACACCUGAGGAGUUGUCAAGUUGCCAAGGUGACAUGCAGUUUGACUGACUGAAGGGUGGGGUAGGGACAGGUUUUCGCCUGCAAAAUGUCAAAAAGCCUGUAGCUGUGAAAGGCUUUUAAUUCACAUUCAGGAGCCAUCCAUCCAUGAGGCGAACUCCAAGUAUGAAGGUUUUGUGCUGCUGAGCACCUUCCUGUUUUACACAUGCUCUGAAAAGGCCUCUGGGGAAAAGAUUAGAAGGUUCAAAAGUGAGAAGAACAUGUCACGGCUAAAGAUUAUUCUCUUUUUUUUUGGUGAAUUGUGGGGAUGCUUUGCACAGCAGGGAAGCUUUUUGUAGUAUGUGUGGUUAAACAUCUGGCUAUACAUGUGUGUGAGCCUUUGUGUGCGUCUCUGAAAACAUUGUGUACCCAGCUGUCCACAUGCGGAUAUGAAUUUAUAUGAGACCGUACCAUCAGGCAGACAGAAAUCAACUAUUGUGCACUUUGGUCUAGAUGAUCAGACUUUUGUUUUGUGUGUUUUCAUGUCUCCAUCGCUAACAUGUUUCAUAUGUUGUGUUGUAUUACAGGGCGAUAUUCACAUAUGAUGGAUUCACCAACAAGCUCAAACUGGCGGACUCAGGAGGUAAGACAGACAUUCAUAAUAGGCUUUAUGUGGGAUGUUUGAAUGUGAAUUUUUAAGCUUUAGAAAGAAUUAAAGUAGAUUUAUUUGUGAACUUCUGACAUCUUGGUUUUUAAGGAGGAAAAAAUAUGCGAUUUGUUUCCCUUUGUUUCGUCUAACUUAUCUCUAUCUGUGUCACUCUGACAGCAGGCGGUGUGGCAGAGCUGGCAGAGAAGUUUCACAUCUCGAAGCCUCAAUAUGGAUUGUGCAAAGUGGGAAGCGUGGAGACAGGAGGUCCCCGGAUCGCUCUGAUCAGCUGGGUGAGUGGCAGACAGGCUCACGGGGCUUAGCUCAUGUAAGCGUUAUUAAAGACAUACCAGCACAAACGAUGGAAACACACACAUGCUUAGCACAUACAUAAGACAUUAGAGGGCACACACACACACACACGAGCGCGCACACAGAAACCUACAGACUUACAUUCUUUAGCCACAGUCAAGUCAUUUAGCAGUCCAAAGAUAAUGGGUUUAACAUCUUAAGUGGUCACAUACUGGAAUAUCUAUGCUCUUUUUAAGCUGUAAAAUGCUCUGGAGAAAAUCCUAUUCUACUCGGCUUAUUCACAUUGCACAGGCCUGUUUUGACGUCGGUGCAUCUUAAAUCCGACAUUUGGGAAAACGGUGUGAACUCGGCAAUCACAGGUCAAGCAAAACUAUUGAAAAGCUCAUAUGCUCAGAUAUUUUAUUUUUUGAGACAAAAUGUUUUGUACAAGUUUUACAAAAAAAAAAAAAUCACACUGCUUCUAACUGGUUAAAAUCAACUUAUCAAUAGUAGAAAUUUGAGGUUUUUAUCUUAUCAUGGAAAGCUGUGUAUAGUAAAACAUUUAGGUCUAACAUUACUCUGAGGAAGGUGCUGGAAAUAGAUAUAAAAUGCUGUUUAACCAUUUGAUUUUUAAUAGGUUAAAGGGAUAUUCCGGCGUAAAAUUAAUUUAGGGUCAAACACACCAUUACUCUGAGUUAGACACCCCCUCGAGAGAUGAAUGUUGCCAUAAAAUGUUAUAUAAUAGCCACAAAUAAUGCUCAGAACAAUACCUAACUUCAUCAACAGUACAUAUAGGGUCCCAGCCAUAGUACUAGCCAACAAACUUCUUUUUAGCUUCAGCAAAGAGACUAAACACAACUCACCUAAUCUCUUCCAGCAGCCGCUUGUUUGUAGCGAGACCUCAGGCCACUCCAUUAUGGACUACAGUGGAGUGACGCAGCUCAAGGAAGAAGAUUUAUGAUCAUUUCUUCAUGGAAAUGCAAUCAGACGGCGACGCUAAGGCAGAAGAACUACCGCAUCUGCAGUGCAAAAUGAUUAAUAUGGUGAUUUUUACCUCAAGGAAAUGUUAGGAAAUGAGCAUUAUUUGUGACUAUAGAGUGGCGUUUUGGUUGAGGUUUGUUUAUGGCUCCUCAGACCUCUGUGUAUUGCUAUCUUGGGGUCAUCACAAAAGUUGGUAUAACUAGAGAAGCAAGCAACGGCAACAUUCAUCUCUCGAGGGGGUGUCUGACUUGGUGUUACAGUGUGUUUGACCCUAAAUUAAUUUUACGCCGGAAUAUCCCUUUAACAGAGAGAACACAUCAGGUUAACAUAAACGAGAGCUAGAGCUGCGUAAUUGAUAGAGCAUUGUGAAUCCUAUUGUUCCACCGUCUGUCUUCUUCCUCUUCUUUAUGUUUCCUCAGAGGGAGGUUGGACGUGAAUGUAAGUGUUUACAUCCUGUGUUUGUCCUCAGGUCGGCCCAAAUGUGGAGGAAUACAGAAAGACCGAGUGUGCCGGCCACAUUCCAGCCAUCAAACACUUCUUCAAGGUGCAGUACAUCACAAGUCAUCUUCCUUUGAAACUGACAUGUGCUGAUGUAGUUUGUUUGUACCGUUCCUCCUCUACCGUUCGCUUACAAAAGACCAUUAUUCUGCUUAUGACAUUUUUAGCACCGAGGAUGGCUAAAAAGACAGUUGAGUACUUGCAAACAUCGUCCACAUACCUGGAGCUCUUUGUUUCCCCCCCUGCUACAGAGAAAAUAUGUUUGUUCUGCUGAGCUCUAUCCCUGGACUCCAGACUUUGUACUGACAAACUCUAUAUUUACACACAGGAGUUUACUUUGUAUUGUUUUGAGAGUUUCCUGUCCUCAGUCUACUUCCUGUUCUACUGCAGUGUUGGUCUGUCUGCCCUGUCAGUACAAAGAGGGGGGGCAGCUGAGAUUUUGGGUUGAGAGCUCCAUUGUUUGUGGAGAAACUUUCGGUUGCGUCAUUAACUCAAGUGUUGAGAGAAGAGUGAGUAAAGGUGAAGGGACCUUCUGUAUGUUUUUAUCCUUCAACAGAGAAGAGACUCUUUAUCUGCAGCUUCUUGUCCCCAUGUCUGGUCCUCGGACAUGUAUUUCUUAAGUAUUUCAAUCUAACAGGGGGGGAGUUUCAGCUGACCUCCAGAUUUACUGGCUUCCAUAUAAAGGCAUCACUGAGGCUGCUGCAGAAGCAUCCGAGGAAUGUUUGUUGUUGUUUUUUUUCAUCUUUUUUUGAACAGUUAAUGUUGAUUUUGUAGACCACUGUAUGAGACCCUUACAUCUAACUGCAUGUGUGUGUGUUUGUGUGUGUUAGCGCACAUAUCAGUAAGCGUACCCCAGGGCUAGUGCUGGACGAUAAUUCGAUAACAAUAUAUAUCGAUCGAUAGACGUGUGGUGCGAUAGAAAAAAAACGGGUCGAUAAAAAGUUCGAUAGAAAAACACAGUUUCCCUUUCUUUUUCAUCAUAGCCUAUCAUGUAGCUUUUACUACAGUCAUUACUCCCUCCCAACCAAUCACAAACGCAGACCCAGGUACGCUACGGCACCAAGCCCAGCCCCUAUCAAACCACAACAGACAGCACGUGUAUUAGAAAAAAUGACACAGCAAGGAGAAGCGGAGGACAUUGUCCCGAAAAAAGGUUUCAGUAGUUCACCAGCAUGGCAAUGUUUUGGUUUUUAGAAGUCUGACAAAAAGCGAACAGCGGUCGUUUGCAAAAUUUGCAGCGAAUUAGUAAAAACGAAGUCUGGUAACACAACCAACUUGUUUUACCAUCUAAACCGAUCGCACCCGCAGGAGUACGAGCUGUGUCGGCCGCGCCGCGGCUCCACGUCAUCGUCGGAGGAAUCCUCUGGAACCGCUGCCAGCAGCAGCACAAAGCAUGUGAAGCAGACCAAACUGGACUUCGUUUCUUGCCAAAAUACGACAAAGCGUCCGAGCGGCAUAAGGACAUCACCUAUGCAGUAACAUGCUCCAUAGCGAGGGACAUACUACCAAUAACUACCGUUGAAAAGCCUGGCUUCGACUAGCUUCUAGCCACUCUCGACCCGCGAUAUGAAGUGUCCGGCCGCAAGUAUUUCUCAAACACAGCGCUUCAGGCAUGAAAAUGGGUCAGGGGUUGAAAAGGUGAGAAGGGUGCGGAGGAAAUACGUUCCGGUGUAGCUUCUUAAAGUGGAAGAAAAUUAGCUCAUAUUUUACAAAGACGCGAGUAUUUGGAUCAUGGCUACUAGCAGGGGGUGCAUUCGGCAGGGGUGCAUUCUACGACACAACACGGCGUGGAUAAGUCCUGCUUCUCGUGCUUAGUUUGUGUAUUAAGUCAAUCACAUGAUAAUUAAAAAAAAAAAAAUCUCCCGACCCCGGGAGAAAUAUUUCAGUGUUCAGACACCAGGCUGUGGGCAGUUUCCCACACAGUUAAAACUGGUAGUAUACUAUUCCCACCUAAAGCUAUUCUGUUUAUUUAUAUAUUUGUUUAUUUUCAUCAAAAGACUAUUUAAAUAUUUAUUUAUCAGAUUUUCUGGUCACUUUAGUCUUUAUGUAUUUACUGACGUCACUCAGGCCACUUAAGUUGAUUUCUUUUUUUUUUUUUAGUUCUUUUUUAAAAAACUUUCAGUUGUGGUAAAAUAAAAAAGGUGGUUGAAUAAAGGUUUGAAUUUGAAUUCAGUGCUUGUGUGUUCUUUAUUAAAAGUAGGUCAUUAAGCAAUAGCAUAAAACAUCCAGGGCUGCAAUUAAAGUAUAUGUUAAAUAAUUAUAACAAUUAUAUCGAUAAUUAUCGAUAUCGAUCAAUAUGAUUUAUUUUUUAUCGAUAUGCUUUUUUUCUAUAUCGUCCAGGCCUACCCAGGGCCUCUGUACAUUUCAUAACUGAGGCAAAAGGAUUACAUGGUCAAUGUGGCAUGGGGUUGCUAGAAUCGGAUCACCAUAGGGGAGUAGUUGGAAAAUUGUGACCUCUGACCUUCAGAUCUGUGUCACGACAAUGAAAUUAACCUGCUGUUAGCUAACCCAACUUUCUGGUAAUACAAACCAAAAAGGCACAGAGGGGAUUUACAUAAGAUCAAAUCAAAACCAAAUUGCUUUCAGCUUAAACUAGAAGACUUCCACUGAAUCGUUGUAGAGAUGAUAAACAACUGUUCUGUCCUGUUUUCUAACCUUUUUAAUACUGUGGUACACGGUACUUUUUCACAGAGACACAAGAGAAGUUUACACAGAUAGAAUUUAAUAUUUAAAGAUGAAUUUAUACAUUUUUUAAAAAUACUUCUAUAAAAGGUCAUAUGCUUUUUGUCAGUCUGGCUAUUAAAUAGCCGUUCAGUAGAAAAUUCAAAAAUAUAUGAUGAAUCAAGAUCAAUCACAUUUUUAAUUACAUGUUUGCAUUUCAAAACAGAGUUAGGCGCUGUGUCCUAGAGGUGCAGCUUCAGAGUGUUGAAACCACAGCUCAGUUUUCACAAUCUCUCAAAUCAUGCUCAUCUGGCUUUUGUGAUUUGGUUGCCCACUGACACUAGUCUGGUUAGCUGCGCCUGUAUAUUUUGAUAUUUUAAUUCUGUUUAAGAUAAUGUGCUUAUUAUCUUUGGACUUGACUACUUACUACUUGUCUACCUUAUUCACAUUGCGAGAUACUCACAGCCCUAAAUAUGUUUUUUAUUCUAUGUAUAUACGUGAACCUUUUCUCAUGUUUUUUAUUCUAUUAGAUUGGAAGAAAUCAAACUGAGUUGUUACGGGAUAUUGCAGAUUUUACCAGAUUGAAGCAUAUGAAACCCCACGAUUAAGUUUCUCUCGAACAACUUUGAUUUUGCAUAAAAAAUUACUACUUGACUUUGAGAUGACCGCAAAACAACUCUACAGAGAAAACCUUAAUUCACAGACGAUGUUAACUUGGGGCUCAAUUUGCUUGUUCUCCUUUAUUCUCCGCUUUCAUUGCCCUAGUUUACAUUUCCCUUGGCACUCUGUAAGUUUAUUUGCCUCUACUUCUGUCUUCUCUCUGUGUUUUUUUUUCUUUAACUCCGUCUUUCUGGCCUGCUAUGCUGCAUGUCCCAGCUGGCAGUGAGGGGGUUUUGUUAAAGCGAAUCUGCAGCAGCGAGUCGGUUGUGUUGCACUGUGUACUCCACUGUGGCUUUGUGUUAUGAAAACCAAAAUAUGGAUAGGGUGCAGAUGUCUCAACUGUUCUGAAUUUCCACAAUAAUGAAGGCAGGAAUAAGUUGGAACAGAAGAGCUGUGUGAAUGUGUGUGGUUGUUACUGUUUGUGGAGUUCUAUGAUAGCACUGAAAGCCAUACAUUAAGAUAUUAAAGGGCUGCUAACAUGAAUUCAAGAGGUUAAACGUUGUCUGAGGUUGAUGCAUCUCUAAGUAUUAUCUGUACAACCAAAUUUGGCCUCAUGACAGGUUGGCACGGAGCCAAACGUCUCUCAAGGUUGAGCUUAAGAUUUGUGCUGCAACAGAGAACAGAAGUCGAAUUGUAAAUAUGGAAUAAAACAACAUGUCCGGGUCAAGGCUCUGAAAUCCUGUAGCGCUGUAGAUCAAGUCUGUCAUCCUGUCCUGACACACUCUUAAAAAAAAUGAGGCUUUAGUUUCACCUCAACCAAUCUAGCCUCUCGCUGCUCUUUCUGUAAGAUAUCGACUGUGGAACUCUGGUUACAGCUGAAAAUGACUUCACUGUGAAGUAGAAAACCUGGUUAAAUGUAACAAGGAUCUCAUAUUACUGAGCAUGAAUCAACUUUUAUUUUCUUCAGUCAAAGGAAAGUGAAGUAUAUGUUUUUAAGCAGUAAUAAUUCAAGUAGGAGGGAUAAAUGAUUAUUUACCAAAAAUAAAAACAUUUAUUCUAAUUUAGGUCAGGCAUCCACUGCUACCUGUAGCUUAAACAGCACCUGAGCAGAGGCCGUGUGUUAUUGCUGUUAUUUAGAUGUGCCUAAAACAGAGGUCGUACGGGCUUAUGUCAGACACCAGAGUCGUUUCCUGUUUUACACAGAGGACAUGUGGAGAGCUCUCGUAACCUUUGACUGUCUCGUAGUCAGGUAGAGCUACGACUAUGGGAGCUUUUGGUGAGCCUAAUACUUGUGACCUGCUAUGCCCUGCCGGUGCAAAUAGCCAUCACACAGCAGGGGUCCAUUACAAGCAGGUUGGAGCUUACCACGAGAUUUUGGAGUGGAAACUCUGCCUCUCUCUCUAGACAACUGAAUAACUAAAAAAACUGAUAUCAAAGAGUAAAAAACACCAAACAUAGGAUUAAAAAAUGUUUGCAUCAUUUUAAUUUGUUCAUCCUCUAUGUUUGCUCUUGUAGUUGUUGCAGAUCCUGUUAGAUAUGAAUAAACUUUGUAAGGUGAAUAUUUCAUUUUGCUGCAACAGCUUGAUUUUUGCUGCCCCCAUGUGGUCAAAUAAUGACGUUUUCAGAGGUUUUGAUCCUGUUAGCGUACCACCCUGUUGCAUGUACUUAAGCACUAUCAUUAUGAAUUUUGUUUCAUUGGAAAUUGUUGUAAAAAAAUGGUCUUUUAUUUAACAUCAUGACCACAAUGUCCAAUGCGUAACAAGUGUUAACAUCAUUUAAUACAGAGUUGUAACUCAGCAGAAUUGUCCGCUGCGCAUCGUCAACAUGAGUAUUUCCCUUUUACUGAGUUUUGGCUGGAGUUAUUUUUCCGUGAUUUUCCCAGCAUCCCUGGCAGCGCUGUGGACAGCCUGUCUGGCCUCUGUGUGUGUGUGUGUGCACUUGGCAGUGACAGCUAGAGUGAUAUGGAUUAUACACUGUACUGACAUGUAUUACAGGGCACACUGGAUGCUCUGUUCAGUGUCCGUGUCAGUGUUGUCACUCAGAUAAAGCUGUGGUUUCCUGUUGGAGGCUGACAGACCUGGCGCUGCAUCAACAAGCCCGGACUGGCUCUCUUUAGGAAAGUAUUCAGAUGUCCAAGCCGCAUGUAAACAGAAAUACAAGCAGUGGAUGCAUGCAUGAGUUCAGGCUAAUCUGGACACUUUGGAACAGGAAUAGCAGCAGUGGAAACCCAGUUUUUUGAUAUUUGAGUUAUUGAAUCCAGAAAUUUUCUGUCCCCUCGGCUUGUUUUUCAGAGAUUGAGCAACUGUUGCAUAUUACGUCUCUCUUGUUCUGCCUUUUGCAAAGCCACAAUGCUCCCUUCCUUCUCCUCCUCACUCUCUCAGCCCCGACCCCUGUUGUUUGCUCUUUCCUAUCUCCCCCUCUUUGUGUAUAACCAUCCAAACCAAUGCAUUCCUUUCCCCGUACCGAAGCCAAGGAGUAUUUUUUUGUUCUCUCACUUUCGCUACAACUGAAGCAGUUGCACAACUUUUUGGCUCCAAGUUUGCAUAACUCCAAGUCAGACCAAGAGAAAAUCACCACAGGGACUGUGUGUUCUUGUAUAUGGAUUUCUGGGCUUUGUGUGUGGUAGUGUGUGUGGCUACAGUACAGCAUGUAAUGGUGGAUUAAAUUCACAUCUGUCUUGCUCUCUUUGCCAUCUCCUUAUUAUGCCGUCUUUCCAUGUUUCAGGAGGCGCACGUAUUCAUCAGUGCAGAGAAGGCGGAGGAUGUAAAAGAGGAGAGGAUAAAAGAGGAGCUCGGCAAGACCCAGGCCCAAACCCCUGCACAAUGGGUGAGGAGGAGCUCCAGGUCUGCGGACAAGGAGGAACUAGUGGUGAGUGCCUUGCAAUACCAAAUCUAUCCACAAGAUGGAGACAGAGACUUUCAUGUGUGCAUUUAAAAUAAUACAAUUUAUGGUGGUAUCUUAGUUUUGCAUGCAGUGUUGAAGUUUAGUCAAUGGACUCAGAAUCUGGGUUGAGUCUCAAGUCCUCAGUGUCGGGGAGGAAUUUAGGUUUUGUCCUUUAUUAUCUGAGUCCAAGUCAAGUCGUCAUUUUUAAUUGUUUUAAUUAUUAGAAGUGAAAACUAUUUAAUGCUUGACCAAAAACCACAAGAGCCUGAGCACAAAGUGGAAGGAAUGCUUCACUGUAUUCUUUAGGAUUGUUUUUUAUUCUUCACAGCCUCGAAUAAUCACUAAUUUGAAGGACUUAACAGACUUUGAAUAGUAUGGGGUUUUUGCAAGUUCAUCAGGCCUGCUGAAAAAUGUUUUAUUUAUAGGUUUUGAAUAUGGGCUGGGAAAUCUGCUCAAAAGCAUCCUCUAGUGGUUUCCAACAACAUAGAGGUCAAGUUAAGGACAUAUAUCCAAUUCUGCAAGACUUACAAAGAAGUGCAGUGGUGACAUGCCGACAGUGUUGUCCCAAAAAUGUCUAAUAUCAUGGGGUUCUGGGCUAUUUCCAGGGGUCUGUUGAAAAUAUAUCUGCUCCAAGGAGGUAUGUGCAGUCCACCUGAAAACAAGGUUUUCCAGCCAGAGGAGACCUGAAUGAAGAAAAGGAAGGAAGUAGUUUUAUCAUAGCCAUGCAACCUCACCACCCACAAUAGGGGCUAGCACAUUCGAAUUGUAAUAUUUGAUCACAGUCAUAGCGCCCCCUGAUGGCUGCAGGAAACGUCAUGCUGCCAGUAUAUGAGAUGAAGUUCAGAAACAGUGUCAUAUGUAGUCAGGAUACCACUGAGGUGUUGGGCUUGAUAUGUGCUCGAAUAUAUCGUAACAUAAAAUUUCAUGAGGGGCCCAGUCAGGGAUGGUCUUUAUGUUCCUGAGUCAAGGAAGUCUUUUGCACAUAUACUGUAAAAUAAUCUGGGAUUAUUAGAGCCUUUUUCUGGGGUCACACACAUUUACUCUGCCUGUGGUGUCAAUACAAUUCACCUCAAUUUUCUGUACUACAAGAAGCUGCUUUGGGGUUUUGAUGAUCUGCGGUUUAUGUACUAAACUUUAAGGGUGUGGCUCAUCAAAAUUUGACAUCUGAAAAACAGCCACUGUAAGUCCUGGAAGGUGCAGGCUACAUCCUUACCUCUUAAGUGUCAUACUUUUACCUGUGUUGUGUGAGGUGUGUCGGAUUAGUUAUGCUUAUAAAAUACUGCAGUGAAACGGUUUGAAUCUUUAAACUUGACAGUUUUUAUUUUACAUUUCUAUGAUAUGCGAUAAAAGCUCCCUGACUGAAUUAUGGGAAAGUUUAAGACUUUAAGACUUUGUAUUCUUCAAUCUCAUGUUUCCCACCCACCAGGGUACAAACUACAGAAAAACCAACGCAGCUAUGGAGAUGAGGCUAAUAAACAGAGACUCUUUCUGGGCACGUGCAGAGGUGAGUCAAAGCUUCCUCUCUGAGAGGUGAAGAUGAAGUUCACCUUGUUGUUAUCAGCUCUCGACAUGCGUUCUCUCACUGUUGUCUGUUGUGUGAAUAAGCGCGAAGAGGAAGAGAGGAAAGAAGAGGAGCGGAGGCGAGCUGCAGAUGAGAGACGCCGGCUUGAAAGAGAGAGAGUUUUAAAAGAAAAGAGGGAUGCAGAAGAAAGAGACAGAAAGAUGAACGAGAAGCUCCAGAUGAUUGAAGAGCAGAGGUUAGGACGAUGGUGUCCUCCAUGAGUGUUUUAUUGUGUGGACAUUACAAGGCAAAAGCGUGUUUAUAACGACUUUAAUGUUCUUUAUUUUUACCCGGCAGGAGAAAACAGGCAGAGCAAGAGGAAGAACUGCGCAGGAAAGAGAAAUUAAAAUGGGUGAGUUUAAAGACGUGUGAAGUUUUCAUGUUGCAGAAUAAAAUGAACAGCUGCUCUGCUGCCCUCUGGCUUUGACGGCUGGUCAAACAAGCCCGAACUCACUGACCUGGGGCUGUGUGAGGUCUGCUCUUCAGCUGUAAUAGUUUCUAAGAAUGACAAGACUGACUCUUUUAGUCCUGUAAGAGCUCAAAUCCACUCAUAAUCUCAGACUAAUAAAUUCACAGUUUACGGCCAACAGAAAAAUACGAAACUACAUUGAAACUUUGGAUCAGUUAGACUUUCAUUUAACAUUCGAGGCUCUUGACCUAAAGGCAAACAAAUUAACCGAUGUCUGAACCCUUGUCAAGCACCGUGAGUGGUAGCUUGUCAUGUAAAGCACAUAACAGACUUCUUAAAGACAUUGUGACAUACACUUAUACUUUUUGUGUGUUUGUGUGUCUGCAUAGGGUUCAGGGUUAUUCCAGUUUGACAGUAGUUGUUUGGUGUUGGCAGUAGGCACUGAUUUCUGUCUAAAAACAGAAAAAUGUUUUUAACUCCUGAUUGAUUAACACCAUCUAGACCAAAUCGCCACAAUCUGUGUGGUAAAUUUGAUAUCUGAUGUGUUUGUGUGCUUACAGGAGCUGCAGCAGAGGGAGCACGAGGACUUCAUGAGAGCUCGUCUUAAAAGGAGUGAAUCCAUAGAGAAAGCAGCAGUAAGAACAUCUUCGACAUAUAACAAGGACACAUUCGUUGUUAUAUUACGAAUAUUUCUGUUGCAUUAUUUAAGCAUGUUGCUAAUACUUAACAUGAUCUGUAGGAAGCAGCUGCAUUAGUGUCCCAACGCUCCAUGAACCCCAGAGAGUUCUUCAGGCAACUCUCAUCAUCGUCUUCACAGAGUCCCACCAGCCCUGGAUCUUCCCGCUCAGGUAUGUACACUAUGAGCAGAACUACUAUGAGGGAAAGUCCAAAACAAGCAAAGAUCAGUCCUGAUUAAAGUGCAUUAAGUUUCUGUCAGAGCAGUGUGUAUAUUUCUUGUUUACAACUCUCUCUCUCUCUCUCUCUAGGCAAACCAUUCAGACGAUACCAGCGCAGCCUGACAGACACAGCCUUCAUCUUUGCUAAAGCUGAAGAAAGCGCAACAUCAUCACCUCAAAGUUCCCCCCUGGUCUCCCCCUUCUCUCGUACUUCUCCCUCCCCUUUCUUCCGAGCCACAUCUCCCCCCACUAGCCCCACUUCCCGUCCUCUCUUCUCUCCACAAAGGCCAAAGGCCCCAGUGACACCGCCCACUUCACCUAUACGCCCCGCCCCUCCAGUCUCGGCUUUGCCUAGCGUCCCGCAAACUAACGACCAAGUUCCUGCUGUUGUUGAGGACAAACCCAAAUCACCCACACAACCCUCUGCACCUCCUGCCUCUCCGACUCUUUUUGCUUCCCUAAACAACCCUUCUCAGCCACAUCCAGAGGACCUGACUGCUUCGCUCCAUAACACCCAAACCCAUCCUGAGGACUCGGCUUUCUGUUUCGAGCCGGCUGCAGCUCCACACGCUCCAACAGCUCCUCUCCCAGAGAGACCACAGACAAACACAGGUAGGCUGGAACCGAGCGCCGAUAAUUAUAUGGCUGUCUUCGUUAAAAGAUCUGUAAGGGUGAUGAUGCAAUAUGAUGAGGAGCAUAUGUCUUAGCUUUUUUCCUGCCAAAGUCGUUAUUUUUUUGACAUAAAAUUUUGGUUUCUAAAAAUAUAGUCCAGGCUAAAGUGGUCUCAGAUGCUUUUGCCAAAACCUGCUCCACAAACAUAGGCCAGACACUAUGAAUAAGGGGACUGUUGUACAAAAAUGACAGUCUAGUCACAAUUAAAUAUUCCUAAAGUAACCACACUUACCCUCAGUCAUGCCAAGCUUAACUUUAAUGUGAGGACCUUGGGUUUUUUAUGGCUGAGUUUUAUAGCGCUGCCCUACAGAACAAAGCCAUCUUUGUCAUUUUUACCUCGUCUUUAAAUAAUACGAUAAUAAUGAUAAUUUUCUAAUCAACAGACCUCAACACAGCCACCCAUAGACACACUGAGCUGGUCUCAGACUUCGGCUACAAAGUACAGGCUGUGCUGGUGGAGGAGGACGAGGAAGAGGAGGAGGAUGAGAAAAAGCAUGAAGAAGAAAGGCCUGAAACAGAACCGCAGCCUGGUGCUGUAUCCACAGAACCGGUCCACACUGAACCAGAGGAGCAGGAGCCAGGGGAAGAGGGAGAUAAGGAGGAACAGGAGAGGGGCCAGGAGGAAGAGGAGGGCAGAGCUGCACAAGAAGCUGAGCCUGCCUCACUGGAGGUGGAGGUAGCUCCAGUGGAGAUGUCGCAAGAGGAUGUGGAGGCAGAAGAAGAUGGAGAGGAGAGUGAGCAGUCAGCUGACAACAAGGCCUCUGCUGAGCCUGCCCAGCUUUUCGAUAAAGAGGAAGAGUCUGCAGUCGAAGGUAUCCCUCUUCUCUCUCGUGAUGUUUUAUAUCGCUGACUUUAACAGUUUGCAUUCAAAUGAGAGCUUUUAAGAUAAGACAAACCUUUAUUUACCCCACGGUGGGGAAAUUUGCAAUUUUUAACCAUUUAAAAUGUCAUUUAUUGAUAUGAUACACAGUGACGAAAGGCAACAAUAACAUCUUUGUUUCAGAUGCAGAGCAGAUUUGUCAGGAGCUGAAACAUGAGACCAUUAUCCUGUCGAGCAACGGGAUUCCCAACGGAGACGCACAGCAACAGAAUGGCAUAGGUUUGUCAUGAAUCAGUUUAAACACUGUUGUUUUUCAUAGGAUUAUUCCUCGUACAUUAAUGUAUUAUAUUUUUAAUGUUUUUACUCCAUACUUUUUUUUUCAGAGCGAUCUUUGAGUCCAUCUGACACUGAACUCAGCUCACCAGAGUUGGCUGUGUGCUUUAAAGUGCACGUCACGGCAGAAGAAAACAAUGUCGAAGAAGAAGAAGAAGAGGAGGAACAUGAGAUCUCAGAAAAUGGCGAAGAGGUGAUAUUUCAAUACAAAAAGACCAAAGACUACUUUCUUAGUCUGUGUGUGUCACUCAGCCUCAAGCCUUCAUGAAGUGAUAGAGCUAAAAAUGGGAACGUGAACGUAAAGUUUCUAUAUUAACUAUUUCAUCGAUAACCCUGCAUCUACAUCAUAAUCUUCGGCACAGUCUUUUCAAAGUCCGAAUACUUAUGACCACUGUGUUUGUGCGCUAAAAGAGCAAGAAUUUCCUUCUAACUGAUUCCAAUUCUAAAGUAAAGCUUGUUGUUGUCAAGUGACGAGCGACAAUGCUGUUGAUUCAUUAUCAUUAAUCUCAACAUUACGACUUUAUUCAUGAAAUCUUGUCUUUAUUUGCAUCAACUUUAAUCUCGUAAUUUCGAUUUAAUUCACAAAAUUUCAACUUUAAUCUUGUUCCUGUAAUUAUUAUUUUUUUUUCUGUUCAUGUGGCCCUAAUCCUCUUUUGUACUUUUGACGUUUGUGUGACUUUUUUCAUAAUAAGUUAAUGAAAUCUCAAGUUAGCUAGCAAACAAUGUUAAAUGUAUUGUAAGAGUUUGAAUAACAACUGAGCCUCCAGCUAUAGAUGUUGACCGUGCUCAGGCUUUAAAGUGCUGAAUAAUUUUUACAGAUAAAUCUGUUUUAACGUAGUUUCAGCAAAUCUCCUCAAACAUUUCAUUUCAUUUUCAUUUUUAUACUUUAUUUCAUUCAGUUAAUAUUUAAAAUAUUCAAUACAAAGAAGGAAAAAUCUCAAACAUGUGAAUGAAAAGGAGCAGAAUGAAGAAAACUCUUAACAGAGUCUGCCUCACAAGGGUAACAAGUGCAUUCAUUGGGGACUAUUUUCAGCAGAGGAUUUAUACACAUUUGCAACAGGACGUCUUGUUGGAUAUAAAGUGAACAGAAUAUCACAAGUAUUUUCUUUUACAGUCUGGGUUAAAUGAAGAAUUGUCUCAUGAUUACAGCCCUCCUCUGACUCCAUUUUCUUCUCUGAAUCAGGUUUUAGCAGAGCAACAAAUUUGCGUCCGGGCUCUGUAUGACUACCAAGCAGGUAAGCUGCCAUUUACAGGAUAAUCACCACGCAUGUGCACGUAAAGUGCCUCCGCUUACCGUAAUUACACCGUGAUUACUGGGUCUUCAACAUGUUAUCUUGCAUUUCCCACAGAGGACGAAUCCGAGAUCUCUUUUGAACCCGGUGACAUCAUCAGGGACGUGGAAACGGUGGACAAAGCCUGGUGGAGAGGGUGGAGCAAAGAUGGCCGUCAAGGCUUGUUCCCUGCCAAUUAUGUGGAGACCAUAUAGAAAGGCAGUAUCACACAACAGACUUACACACACAUACAAACACACACACACACACACACGCUCAGGGACACCAUCUCCCCUCACUUUUUUCAUGUUUUUACCUUAAUCCUCCCACUGAAACUUUGUACGCUCUCUUCUGUGUGAAGGCAAAAAAAAAAAGUGACUCUCAGUUUUGUAGAAAGCAUAAAGAACAAGUUUGACUCUGUAUUUUGAUAUCUUUUUUUUUUUCAUUUUUCAGAAAAACUAAAUAUCCUUACAAGUGUGCAGAAAUUACCCAGCCUCAUUUUCUUGGAUAAAAUAGCAGAGACCUUUUUUCCUGGACCAAAAUAACUUAUUACCUUUUGAGAGGGAGCAGGAGUGUCAGUGGGAGGGAUCAGAUCUCGGUGACAAAUGAUCACAAACUUGCUUCUGUUGUAGGGAACACAAACAGAUUUUUAUAGUGUAUAUUCCCCGUUUUGAUCCACACACAUAAAAACCAUUCCAGUCUGCUCACCUUUUGCUUUUGUGAGCGUUACGAUACUCAAAAAAAAUAAUGUACUGAUCUUGACUGGUAUAUAUAAUCAAGAUACAUGUAUGAGACAUCAUCUUUGUAAUCAUCAUCCUGUGUUUCCUGAGUUUGUUUGGUAGCUCUGUUACUGACAGCACAUUUUAAUUACCUAAACCAGAAAAACAACAUAAAUAAGGAUAAACAAGCGGAGGAAGAAGGCACUGUAUUGACACAUAUAUGUCUCUAUCACUCUGAGAUGGAUGUAAUAUUUUUUCUAUGUUGACAUCUUACAUACUUUUGUCUCAUUAUGUCUAAUCAUAAUUUUUCCUAGAUUUAAAUAAAUGUAAACACUAUUUCUACACACAGAUGAUAUAAAAACAAGAAUCUUUCAACGUUAAUCUUCUGUAAUAUCUGUAUUUAUGUAUAAAAACACAUCAAAGAUCUUCUCUUUUUCUAUUCCCGACUUGUAUGUUUGUAUGAUGUAUGUUCUUUGUAUUUACCCCAAUUUACAAAUAUAUACCAUCUACAAACUCAGACUUCA